UGCUUCGUCUAGUAUAGGUAGAGGAGUUUAGAUCGUGCUUCGAUUCGCGCACGUUCGUGAGAGUUUAUAUUCGCGAUGGACGGCUUGGUACCUGUUGCACGACCCGGCGCGGACCGGUUCGAGUCGUUCACAUAUCGACGUUUGUCGUAAUAGAAAAGUGAUUUAUAUUCCGGCGAGGAUGAAUUGUUGCGAUCAUCAUUGUUGACGUUUCUCGUGGUGUGACAGUACUGGCCACCACGGUUGCCGUGCGUCACGAUUUUCGUGUGCAAGAACAGCGCAGGAUAUAGUAGCCACGACUGAAACAAUGGGGAUCGUGCAGAGCCGUGCCGGCGAGAGCGAUGGCGGUGUGCGUGAGGUGUUCAUUGGUGGUAUCAAGGGCGGCACGCCUCUUCAAUCCUGUCAACCUAGUCUCGGCAUGGGAAGUUUGGGUGGACCGCACGCACGGAGUGGCAGCGUCCGUGGCGCGCCAAGGCAACCUAUGCCUGACGCUGUGGAACUCGAAAGGCGCUUCACCAAAGUGCUGGCCUCAAUGGAUCUGCCUCCGGACAAAGCAAAGCUUUUGAAGCAGUACGACAACGAGAAAAAAUGGGACAUCAUAUGCGAUCAAGAUCACGAGAAUUCACUUCGAUGACUGAGAGGUUAGCAAGGUAGCGGCACUGGUCAAGUGGCGGUGUUAGGACCAGGGGGAGGCAGAUUCCAUGCCCAGGAAUUGUUCGUGAGCCGUGUCAUAGGUUUACGACACAUCCUAGUAUUUCAUAUAGCCCGCAGAAGUACGGAUCUACGUCCAUAAAAUAAUUUCUAUACCCUAACUUCUGGCUCGACUGGUCGCCUGCAACAUAAAAAUUAUAAUCAACGUGUUUUCAGAAAUGACCU